CUCCCCCUCAGUCUCUCCCCUGAUGAUUUCAUUAAGACUCCCACAGGAGAUCUCUUUGUGAAGGAUUCUGUAAGGAAAGGUUUGCUGCCUGAAAUCCUGGAGAAUCUGCUGACAGCCCGAAAGAGGGCGAAGGCUGAGUUGAAGAAGGAAGCCGACCCGUUUAAACAGAAGGUUCUGGACGGGAGGCAGCUGGCUCUGAAGAUCAGCGCCAAUUCAGUGUACGGCUUCACUGGGGCACAAGUGGGCAAACUGCCCUGCCUGGAGAUCUCCCAGAGUGUCACGGGGUUCGGUAGGCAGAUGAUUGAGAAAACGAAACAGCUGGUAGAAUCCAAAUACACUGUUGCCAACGGAUACCAAGCAGAUGCUAAAGUCAUUUAUGGCGACACGGACUCCGUGAUGGUCAAACUGGGAUUGGAGACUGUGGAGGAAACAAUGAAACUGGGAAGAGAAGCCGCUGGCUGGGUUUCCAGUCACUUUGUACCCCCCAUCAAACUGGAGUUCGAAAAGGUGUAUUACCCCUAUCUCUUGAUCAGUAAGAAGCGCUAUGCUGGUCUGUAUUUCUCCUCCAAUCCGCACACUCAUGAUAAGAUGGAUUGUAAAGGGAUCGAGACCGUCCGCAGAGACAACAGCCCCCUGGUGGCCAAUCUGAUUAACACCUGCCUGAAGUUCAUCCUGAUAGACAGGGAUCCUAUGGGAGCUGUGGAUCAUGCUAAGGAAGUGAUCUCAGACCUGCUGUGUAACCGCGUGGAUAUCUCUGAGCUCGUCAUCACCAAGGAGCUGACCCGCACGGCUGAGGAGUACGCGGGCCGGCAAGCACACGUGGAGCUGGCAGAGAGGAUGAGGAAGAGGGACGCGGGCAGCGCCCCAAAUUUGGGGGACAGGGUCCCCUACGUUAUCAUCAAAGCUACCAAAGGAGUUGCUGCCUACAUGAAGUCAGAGGAUCCGAUCUUCGUUUUGGAGAAUAACAUCCCCAUUGAUAGUCAGUACUAUCUGGAGCAGCAGCUCUCCAAACCCCUGCUGAGGAUUUUCGAGCCCAUCCUGGGAGAGACGAGAGCAGAGAGCGUUCUCCUGAAGGGGGAUCACACACGAUGCAAAACCGUUUUAACCUCCAAAGUCGGGGGGCUGAUGGCGUUUGCUAAGAAGAGAAGCACGUGCAUCGGCUGCAAAGCUGUGCUGAGUCACGACGGUGUGUCUGUGUGUGUGUGUGUGUGUGUGUGUGUCUAACCCCCAGAGUAACAUCACAGUGUAAUAAAG